CCUGGCGCAUCGGCAGACGUGUUCUCCAUAUUUAACACCAAACACACCUCACAGCCUCUCUCACAACUUUAACUAUUAAAGAUGAGUUGAAAUCAGUACGGAUUAGUAAUGACAAGCAGCAUGAGAUACUUAAAAAUGAGUCUAAACCAUGUUCCUCAAAAUGAUAGUGGCCACUGGUGAAUCUUCCCAAAAGACUCGUGUAAAGCGGAAGUCAGCUCGCUACCAAAACAAGCGCAUGUGCAGUUGUUUAGUUCGCCAUCUUGGCAACUUUUGGGACUCGAUAGUACGGACUGACUAUGGCAUAGCUGGCUAUGGUGGGCCUUCCUUGACGCACCAUGCACUGCAGUUCUCCAUCCAGGGUGGCCCUAACUUCGUUGUCUCGCAGGCCGGUCGCUCCAUGCACCGUGCCGACCUUGAGCCCCAGCUGCAUUACCAGGCGACACCCCUGCAUCCUGGGGGACUAAAGGCACCCACUGGCAGCAUGGCCCAUGCUGGCCUAAUGGAUACAGCCCCCGUUGAUCUUUCUACGGUGCCGGGCCACAAGGUGUCCCUUGGUCAAAAGGAUGACCAGCGGCACUACAUGCAGCAUGAGCUGUUACAUCACCACUAUCGAGCCCCAGCUGUCACAGUGGGCAUCCCAGAUCAGUCGCAUGAUAAUCUUCCUAUCUAUACAGGGCAUCCCGGUCAUGUCAUGCCUGGAUCCCUCACUCCUCCAGACAAGAUCAACGGUGACAUGGUUGCACUUCACACCAGUCCUCCAGGCUUGGGCAGCCUAGCAUCUGCCAUGCAAACACCACCAAGCCCCUUGCCUACCCCCUCCCCGCCAAUCGUGCGCCAUCCUGCAGAUUUGGAUCCAUCAGACCUAAGAAGGGGUGAUGGCUGUGAAGUGUCCCAUAGCGAAUUUUUUCAAGAGAAAAGAUUGACUAGAGAGGCUAUGAAAAAGUACCUCUUAGACAGAGGCGACCAGGUGCUGGUUAUACUACAUGCCAAGGUUGCACAGAAAUCCUAUGGCAAUGAGAAAAGAUUUUUCUGUCCUCCUCCUUGCAUCUAUCUGUUUGGCAAUGGAUGGAAGAGGAAGAAGGAGCAAAUGGAGCAAGAAGGGGCAUCAGAACAGGAUACACAGGUGUGCGCCUUUAUGGGCAUUGGCAACUCUGAUCAGGAGAUGGUACAGCUGAACUUAGAAGGAAAGAAUUACUGUGCAGCAAAAACCCUGUAUAUUUCUGACUCAGACAAACGAAAGCACUUCAUGCUGUCCGUAAAAAUGUUUUAUGGUCAAGGUCAGGAUAUUGGUGUGUUCCACAGUAAGCGCAUCAAAGUUAUAUCCAAGCCCUCCAAGAAGAAACAGUCCUUGAAGAAUGCUGAUUUGUGUAUUGCUUCCGGGACAAAAGUUGCCCUUUUUAACAGGCUGCGUUCUCAGACAGUCAGCACUCGUUACUUGCAUGUGGAGAACAACAACUUUCAUGCCAGCUCCACACAGUGGGGAGCCUUCACCAUUCACCUGUUGGAUGACAAUGAAGGUGAAUCAGAAGAAUUUACAGUUCGGGAUGGUUACAUCCAUUAUGGCUCAACUGUCAAGCUAGUCUGCUCUGUGACUGGUAUGGCCCUUCCUCGCUUGAUCAUCCGGAAGGUUGACAAGCAGACAGCACUUUUAGAUGCUGAUGAUCCGGUGUCUCAGCUGCAUAAGUGCUCCUUCUACCUCAAGGACACAGAAAGAAUGUACCUCUGUCUGUCGCAGGAACGUAUCAUACAGUUUCAGGCAACACCAUGUCCUAAAGAAUCUAACAAAGAGAUGAUUAAUGAUGGAGCAUCCUGGACCAUCAUCAGUACAGAUAAAGCAGAGUAUACUUUCUUUGAGGGCAUGGGACCAGUUAAGGCACCAGUAACUCCUGUGCCCAUCGUUAACAGCCUUCAUCUAAAUGGUGGAGGAGAUGUAGCCAUGCUGGAAUUAAUGGGCGAGAAUUUUUCCGCUAUUCUUAAGGUCUGGUUUGGUGAUGUUGAGGCUGAAACUAUGUUCAGAUCUGAUGAGAGCAUGCUGUGUGUUGUUCCUGACAUCUCAGCUUUCAGGAAUGGCUGGAGAUGGGUUCGGCAACCUUUACAGGUGCCUGUAUCGCUGGUACGCAGCGAUGGAAUCAUAUAUUCCACAGGCUUAACAUUUACUUACACACCAGAGCCAGGCCCACGUCAGCAUUGCCGAGAUGUGGACCGCAUCUUAAACCGCACUGCUGCAGCCUCACCAGACUCUACCUCCGGCUUCUCCAGUCCUUUGUGAUGGAGCAGACUGAUUCUGGAGAAUAUUGGACUCCGCUCUUCAGUGACAGCCUCAUGUUUGCAUGAGAUGUGGCCACCAGUGUGAUGGUAGAUGCUUUUCAGCUGUGGAAAAGUCAGCAGAAUGCUGCCUUAUUUGUUUCUUCAGAAAAGUUUGAGCAGCAAGUGUCAGACAAACCUGCUGCUGUGUCCAUUUGCAGCAAGGAGAUGGGUCAAACCUCAUCAACAGCCAGUGGUUAUUUGGGCAUGUCUGGAGCACUGUCUAAGAAAGUUAAGAGGAUACAGCAACACCUCAAGAAAUCUUUUCACAGAGGGCAAAGACGUCUGUCCGCCCUUUUGGAUUUUCUUCAGUUAUAUAUUGUAGAAAACACAUAAGUGGCAUCCAAUAAAAUUAAAUGUAUUAAGGGCCUGGUGUAGAGUGCACCAGUAUUUAUGAGGGGCUACCUUCAGUAUAUGCCUCUGUUUAUUUAAUAGGUCUUGGUAAUGAGAGAAGGGAAAUAUCACAAGAUCCGCAAGAAUGCUGGAUGGUACAGGAGAUUCCCCACCCCCAUCCAUCCCCCUUUUUUUCAGAAGUUCCUUUGUUCAGACGCAUAGUAAAGUUUUACUAAGAGUUAGAGGACAGAAUUAAUGUUGGGAAAGCUGACAAAACAAUAUUGGAGGUCAUUGAAUAUAGCCAGAUAACAAUCCAGCAUGCUAUCAUGCCAUGUGGUCAAGUUGCAUCAAGAGCUGUGAUUAGAAUCCCCUUUUGAUAUAUGGACUGAAACAUGUUUCAUGAUGCCAAAUCCCUAAGCAUUUUGGCUUUCAGGCAUCAUACUGAAUGACAGGACUGAAGACUGCAUGGCUUUGCCUAUAAUAUCUACUGUCAAGAAUUCUUGUGCUGUGAGCGGGCAGGUGUGUGUGUUUUCAAGAGUGAGAGCACAUAAUUUGAGGAGGAGUGUGUGUGCAUGUGUACUUCAUUUUAUAUAUAUAUAAAAGCUCUGCAGCACUAGAUUUUACAGUGUACAGUUGGACUUUUGGAAAAAUGCAAAGGCACAUGUGUGCAUUCACUCGCUGGGAAAGUUAGAAAAGAACUUUUAUUAAUUUUACACUCACUCUAAAUAGCACACAUGCCGUAUUUUGAAAGAUGUUACCACUGUUUAAGUUUGUUGGACUUGGUAAGGGGAGUGGGGGGAUAUAUUGUGAAUAAGAAAUUUUAUAUGUGGUGUUUGUCAGUUUUAAUUCUGUCCUUGAAUCACCAGUGUAAUCAAGGGUCAUUCACUGCCUAGCUAAUAAAUUCCAGUGUGCAUGUUAUUGGCAAUAUUGCAGAGAAUAACUUAAUAACAUGUCCUUGUGGACUCCUCAAAGCAGUUGUGAAGGUGGCAAACUUUUCCAGAUAAUAAGCAUCUUUGGAAGAAUGUGAGGUGCAGACAGCAAACUGUUGCUUAGGAAUGCUCUUGCAGGAAUAUAAUAAACCCUGUUUUUCUUUCUUUUGUGAACAGUGUUCAUUGGCUGUGCUAAAGAGGCAUACCCUGGUUGCAGUGUUGUGAAAGGAGUUUUGCCAGGGUGCACACUCGGCUACUGACAACUCUGUUGUUGGAUUUGUGCAUCAUAAUAGAUUAAUCUUUGAGCUUUUAGAGGGAGGAUAUUACGUGUACACAUGGAGAAAAGAUUCAUUGUGUUAGGCUUUGAAGGCUGCAGCAAGUGUGGUUUUUGUUCGUUUGUUUUUUUUUAAUGUUCUACCUCCCUCGGCACACCCUUUUAUUCAAGCCCACUCUUUUUAAAAAGGGGGCUUGGGUGAGCAGACACUUUAUUUUUGUGUGUGAGUGCACCUUUUUAAAAUGGCAGAGAUGUAGCUUUAUGACACUUUUCACCAUUUGUAUGCUUGUGAAAUGACUUGAUGGACUGAAGAGCCAUGCAGUAUGCACUUUCUUCAUGUAAGGAACUUUCUAAUCCUCUUGUAAACCUUUUCAUAGUUUCAGAGAGUGAAUGGCAUAGAACUAAUUGUUCAUAAGCUAGUUUGUUUGCCUUGUGCGACAGGCUGGAGACAGUGCCCUUUAAAAAAUGUAUGCUGUGAUCAGCAUAAUGAUAUAUUUUGGAAAACAGAACUUACACACAUAAAAGUACUAUUAUAAAAUAUGGAUGAUUGCAUAAACAUUCGUCUUUUUGUGCAUGAGUGUUAGUUUCUGAUGCAAGAUAAAAUCUGUAAACGUAGUCAUAUUUGCCUUGUGUAAUCAACAUAUUGAAGCUGUUCAAAUUUGAGGCAUUUUAGAACCAAGAAACCCCUUUUCACAGUGCAACAUAAAAUCACUGGGGAUGAAGUUUUUAUUCUGGAUAUUAAUGCGCAUAGAAUUUUAAAGAUUCUCUUUAAUGCGAUAUACUUUAGUAGGGCCUGACUGAAAGAAUAUGAGUCCUAAAGGAAUAAUUUUGUGGGUUUGUUUUUUGAUGUCAGGUAUUUGGUUGCUGGUCUGGUGUCAACAGGUGUUAUGAGGCAUUGUUUAUUUGAGUGUGUUUUUAUGUUUCUUUGCAUUUGUAUGCAAUUGUUCGUGAAUGUUCAGUUGAUGUGCAUAAAGGAGAAAUAUGAGAGAUGCAUGAUGUGACCAGUGUUUUGAAGAACAUAUAGAUGAGACUUGGCAUUUUAGGUUUCUUUCUAUUGUAACAUGCUUAGAAACUAUUUUAUUUACAUACUGUAACCAGCAUGGAAAGUCAGAUCUUUGGGAAUAAUCUAAAACUUUUUUCCAUUAUCCUCAAGAAAGCAAUAGUUUAAAUGGGAAAGUUCUGAGUGACAGCCUUAGUCGUGACGAGCAUCACCUCAGCCACUGAAGUACAUAUUCCUCUGGCAGACUCUUGUAGCUUGCUUGUGGGACUGGGCCAUAAAGACGUGAGUGAAGUGCUGCAGAGGUAGGUAAGAUCCCUGAGGCAGGUGAACAUUUAAUUUUAUGCCGGCUACAAAUGAUGCUAUCCUGUGUUUCACUUGGAGCCCAUCCUCUAUCUCCAAGCUACCCUUAAGGCUUUGGACAGAUACAUGGCUUGGAAUAAAGAAAUUAAUCCUUUGCAACAGAGUCCAUACUCAUCUUUGGGACUUGGGCAUAGAUUUCUGAAACACUGUGUCAUUGAAAGUGCCUUCAAAUGACCUCUUGGACACUACUACUUCGGAGGUGUGUUUAGACCUUUCUUACAGAAACCAGAUAUAGCAUACCUUCAGUACUUUAGAGUGCUAGUCUUAGACAACCUAAUCUUCCUCCAGAAGUAUACAGAUGGUUCUAAAAUUUCCAAAGAAGGGAUCCUUUAGAUGCCCAUUUGAAAGGUCACAGCUUUAUCAUCUGUGGAACUGAAAGCUCCUUUGCUUCCUUGACAGCAUAUUUGCACCUUCCAAGAAAUAAAUUUCCUGAUCAUCUCUGACCCCUUGUGAACAUUACUUGAUUUCCAUUCCCAACAGCUUGACCAUCCAUUAUUAAAUCAGUUGUUCAAACUGUAUGCCUAAUUCCAAAAAGAAAAAUUGACAUUAUUUCCGUAUGGAUCCCUAGUCAAACCAAUAUUUUGGGAAACACUUGAGCUAGCCAACUAGUGUUUGCAUCAUUUUUGUUCUGACUGGAAUCCUUUAAGAAAAAAAAUGCAUUUUACAUUUGGCAAAAUCAGUUCGAUAUCAUGAUACAUAAUAAACUUCAUAAUAUUUUUCCUUAACUUUCAGACUGUAUUGCCUAGGGCAGGAAGUCUUAAAUAGACUAACACCUGGUCAUGCUUAUGUUACCAACCGUUUUCUGCUUGCAGAGGAGGAUCCUCCUCUCUGCACAAAGUGGCAAGGUGCACUGACAUGAGAACAUAUUCUCCUCACUUGUCAGGGGGGGUUUUCCCAGUUCAAAGAACUUUUUUUUUAAUGCUCAGGCUGUCACUGAAGCAUAGUACCCCUAUUGAAUUUUGUUGCUAAUAUGUGAAAUAUCUAGUUGCUACACCUAAUAUAACAGGCUUUAUUAAGGUUUCAGUGUACCUACUCUCUGUUUAAGUAAAUGGUACCCUAAAGACAGAAGCAGUCAGAUGGCCUUGAUGCCCACUUACCAUAAAACAGCAAUAAUAUCCUCAUGUAUGCCUGGUAGUGUGUGCUUGUGCGUGCACAUGAGAGAAUAUAACUGUAGGUGAUGUUAUCAAAGAACAAGUUCACAACCUGCACUAUAGUUACAUAUAAAGAAGUAACUGAAUAGUUGUAAACAUUGACAAGGAUAGUCUACCCUAAAUUUUGUUGUAUGCGUCAAUGGAAUUCCUACAAAAGUAUCAAUUUGACUUAUCCAUUUGUUUUCAAAAUUGUUUUACUCCUAAUUUUUGGCUACCUGUAGAGAAAAAUUUGAGAUAAACCCUGUUUGACAGGAUUAGUUCAUAAACUUCAUAAUAAUACUGACAGCUUUUUCAAUAACUUUUUUUUCAUUUUCACAUUUUUGAGUGAGGUUCCAUAGACCCAUUAAGGAUGCAAUGAAUAUAUUGCACUGACUCAUUUUUCUAAUUCUAAUGGUCCUUAGGGACUCUUUUUUUUUUUUUGCACAGGCCUGUGGUAUAAAGAAAUACUGUGCUAUGAUUCAAUUCUCAUGAUUUGUUAAAGGUUAUGAUGGGAAGAGGAAGGGAAACCAGAACAACAAUGAGCACGAAGGAAAAUCUUUUUGUGUAAAUUUCAUUUGAGAGGAGCAGCAUUGUCACUCUCUCUCUCUCUUUUCACAUACAAUCCAGCAUGGAUGGCAUGAAUUCUAAAUAUAUCUGGGAGUAUGUGGGUAAAAUGAAAAGGGCCCCACACGUACACACACACUGUUUGAAAGUCUCCAGUGAGCUUCAAGACUGUGACAUAGUAAAACAGCUGAGCUUAAAAUCAACAGAUAUGUAAGUAAAAUGUUAAAAAUCUUGUUGACUGCACUUUGACGGAAGAAGAGUCAUUAGUUGCUUAGCGUAAGCCAAGCUUUCACCCCAAGAAAGAUUAUUCUUCUGUUUAGUAAUAGACAAGUCCUUCUGCAUUGCAUUUGAGAUCUAUGAGAUCUAUCAACAAACUAACCAUGGAAGCAUCAUGAGGGCAUACCGAUCUGUAAUGACCUGUUUUCUUGUGACAAAACAUUUAAGCCAAGAAUGUCCUGCUAUUGGUACUGCUUCUGUCAGGUACAGCAGAUCUGGCACAAGUAGGUGAGAUUGUCACGGUUUGCAGUGCCUCCUCAAGUGUAGGCUUCAGAAUCAGCGAAGACAACUUGUGUUCUUGAGUCAAUAAGAUUUGCACAUCUUCCCUUGUAGAAAAGAUGGGGAUUGGGGUGUUUUCAUAAAGGAGACUUGCUCAUUGAUGCCGUUCCCAAGUGUGGAGAACAAAACAUUACAGAUGUAUACUAAUUAGUAGACAUACUUUUCCAAUGUAGGGUUCUAUGCCAACAAGUUGUAUUUAUGUUGUUGAAAUUACAGAGAUCACCAGAGCACUUAUUCACAAUGGAUGCAUGCUGCUAAGGUUAUUGAUGAAGUAUGUCUUAAUUGUUACCAAAGGAGGGUACUUUUUCCACCUGUGUGUGUGUGAGUGCGUGUGCGCAUGCAGGUGCAUGCAAAUAUACGAGUACAGCAACAGCUUUGCUGAUUACCUUAGGAGUUGAGUACCUAGGAAUAGCAUGUGCCUUUGAAAGGAUGCAUAAUGUAAAAACCUUGACCUGUGCCUUUCAUACUUGCUUGUCUGCACUCUGUGGCUUUACCUCUUGAGGGGGUGAUGACAGUAUACUUUGAAAGAAUGUUGGGAUGCAAGUGCACAUGGUCAUUGCGAUUGUUGGAUGGGAUCAUUUGUGAAUUGCUGCCUGUUGCCCAGUUUAGAGGUGAUGAACAUAAGGCCCAAUUGUCUCUGUAUUGUGGAAUUUAAGAAAUCCACAUAUUUCCUUGUGGGGCGAAAGCUUGCUUUAUUAAUAAGUCAAUUAAAAAGUAGUUUUUGUUUUGCGACAGCAUAGAAACAUUAAGCUCCUGAUAGUUAAUUUAGCUUUGUUUUUAUUAAGUGGGGGUGCAUGUAUCUUUGAUCGUCAUUCCAUACUUCACAUCUGGAUUAUAAUCACACAUAACACAAACCUUUCUUUGAUGAUGGAGCACUUCUGUGUGUAGUAUUCUUGUCUGAGAAACUGUACUAUUUGCAUGGAUGCUUAUGCACAGUUUUUAGAGUUUUUUAAUGCAUUUCUUUCAAGAUUUUAGGCUGAAGAUUUAGAACUGCUGUAAUUCAAAAAGUCAAAGAAUUAAUGAAAGAGGCAGUAAGUAAUUUGUUCCAAAUCUUUUUUUGACAGAUGUGUUCUACAGUGAGCAUACACAGACUUAAAGAGAAAAAGAUAAAGGCACCAGAAAUAAUUCCUAUCAGUCCUAGUUUGUGCCUGACAAUUGUGGUACAUACUCAUCAUAGAAAUCAUUAAAACUUUUGUGGCUUAUAUAUGGCCAUAUGUGUUAUGUAAAGAAAGAUUCUAUGCAGGUUCUGAACAUUUAGCUAGACAGACCUAGAUGCUGUCUCAGCAGAGAAGGGCAAGCUGUUACCAAUGACCGCUUGUGAACUAAGUUUAUAAUCUACUGCUGUAAACUGUAAUAUUAUGAAAAAGAGUUGGGGAAAAAAAAUGCUUUAAAAAAAAACAACAGUACAGUAUUGGAUGUGAAUGUUUUUUUUUUUUUUUGCUUUUGUUUUUGUUGCAUUUAGGAAAUUUGUUGCUCUGAAGGAAAAAAAGAGUUAUUGCAUGCCUGCUCUGUCAAUACAAAAUGGUAGAAUGAGCAGAUUGACAGAAAAUAUGGGGAAAAAAUAAAAAGGCACAUUUUCUAAAUCUUAGGAAGUAUUUACAUGUUUAUGCAAAGAAAUACCACCUGUGUAAAAAGUAAAAAAAAUAUCCUUUUUUGUCCCUCUUACAUUUGAUGACUGCUGGUAAGCAAUCAAGACUUUUAAAUGUAUGUUGCAUUAUGGAAAUAGAUAUGCAUUAUAGCCUUGUGGCUGGUGUGGUCUGCUUUCGAGUAGGUUAAGGAUUCAUGGGUCAUGGAAAAUGCCCACCCACCCAACAAUAAAUAGGGUGCUUGCUUUGUUAGGAAAUGCAAAAGGCAGCAGAAAGAGAAAAUUAGCUCCUGUCUUGCAUGUGCUGUGCCCUAAACAUGGCAGACCACCUGAAGUUCUCUUCUUGUGUGGAAACAUGAACUUACUUUUCUAAUAAAUGAAUACCACACGAGUUUCUAGACGUGGUCAUAGGCUGGCUUUAAUGUGAAAUCAGUAUUCCGAGCCCAAAGUGAGCAUUGCACUGCUUAGUCAGUUGCUCAGCUGUUCAUACACCAGGUCUUGUAUAUAAAAUGCAUUAUACACAUAAAGGCACAGCUACAGUCUUGGGAUUUUUUUUUUAAGCUGCUGAUCAGAAAUGGGUGAAUGUUGGUGUGGUCAUGCAUUCUUUUGAAGCAGUGCUGCACAAAGAUUGAACGCAGGAGUUGUUCCUUAUUUGUAUAUGGUGUUAACACCCCCUGCCCAUGCAUCAUAGUCAAAUUUUAUACCACAGGCCCAGUUCUAUUUACGCAGAUGCCUUAUGUGGUAGCUUAAGUGCAACAGUAGAUUAGAUGUUUUUUGCACGUGUUGGUGAUAAGCCUAUGUUUCUGUAUCCUACUCGAUAACAAAGAUGGCAACUGCUUACUGUCGCGCUGUCCACAUACAUGAGUGCGAGUGUAAGUCGAACCUGAGAUUCACUGUCUGCGGAGAACUACUUUUGUCUACACACAGCAACUGCUGCGCCAUUUUCAGCACUUGAAUCAGAAAUGUUAACGCUCGUACUUACUUUGGUUUAUAUUAUAAAUGUUAUAUAUAUAUAUGUAUGUAUUCACACCUGUGCAAAUAAAAUUGCAGAACAAUCUAAAAUGAU